AUGUCGACCCGGCAGCCGUCGCGCGUCGUGUUCGUGGGGAACAUUCCAUAUGGCUUGACGGAAGAGCAAAUCACAGAAAUCUUCAGCGGCGCAGGGAGGGUCCUCAAUUUCCGGCUUGUUUACGAUCGAGAAACUGGCCGGCCAAAGGGUUUUGGUUUUGCCGAAUUCCCUGAUUACGAUUCUGCUGCAUCGGCUGUGAGGAACCUCAACGACCACGAGAUCAUGGGUCGCAAGCUGCGGGUUGACUUCAGCAACGAAACCGUUAGCGACGAGGACAAUCGCGAUCGCGAUGGCCAGGCCGGCAGUAGUGGUAGCGCUAACUACCCCAACCCCUCUGCGCCCAACGGCAGCAACACCAACGCAGGCGCAUCGUCGUACCAAACCAAUGCCCCAUCCGCUGGUGCCGGUGCCGGUGGUACCUCGCUACCCCCUCUCCCACAAGGCAAAGACCUUCCCCCCGGCGUAUCCUGCACCGACGCCAUCUCACGCACCCUCAACACCCUCCCACCCGCGCAACUACUCGACAUCCUCCAGCAGAUGAAAACCCUCGCGACCGCCGACCCCCAGCGCGCCACCGACCUCCUCACCCAGGCCCCCCAGCUCAGCUACGCCAUCUUCCAGGCCUUGCUCAUCAUGGGCUUGGUCUCCCCCGAAGCCAUCAACAUGGUUCUCGAACCCGGCGCGCCCGCUGGCGCCGCGGCUGCUGCUGCUGCUGCGGCUGCGGCCGCCGGUGCUGGUACACCCGCCGGUGGUGCCACCGGAACUCCCCCUGUUGGAGGCUACGCGCCCCCGCCGGCAGUCCCGCACCAUUACCCGCAACACGGUACGCCCGUUGGUGGUGCACCCGCUGUAGCUCCGGCUCCGGCUCCGGCGCCCGCUGCUGGCCAGCAGGAUCCGGAUGCGCUGAUGCGCGCUGUGAUGGAGCUGCCUCAGGAGACGAUUGAUCAGCUGCCUGAGGUGGAGAGACAGCAGAUUAUGGCGCUGCGGGCGAGUUAUGCUACGCAGGUUCACCGUUAG